AUGGGUAUCAAGUACCUCUGGAAGCUCGUUGACCCGGCAGGUAUUGAGAGGUCGUUGGCACAAUGGGCUACUGAUCAUUUGAAGCAGCAUGGCCGGCCGCUGCGCAUCGCUAUCGACGAGGCACACUGGCGGUACAAGAAUGUCACCGAUGCCCAGGAAGCUAUUAUUCAAAAACAAACACCAGGUUCCCACCCAAAAGAGAGGGCCAUCCUGGAACGUACCCUAUCGCUCAUGCGUCUCGGCAUCCAUGUGGUCUUUGUUUUCGACGGCGAACACCGUCCUCACAUUAAGAGAGGCUCCAAGCGAUACCGUCAACGCGAAUCCACCACGGCUCUUCUGAAGAAUACAUUGGAUCACAUCCUCGUACCCUGGCUCGAGGCGCCAGGAGAGGCAGAGGCUGAGUGCGCUCUACUCCAGCAAAGGGGUCUCGUCGACGCAGUCUGGUCCGACGAUGGCGAUUGCCUCAUGUUCGGCUGCACAGUCCUCAUCCGGGAUCUGCGAGAUAAUAAAAACCAGAAACGCAAGGAACAUGCGAGAGUAUUCGACAUGACAAGUAUCCGUCGCUUAAAGGUUGGGCUUUACAACAAGAAGAGCAUCACCUUUUACGCUAUGCUUACAGGAUGCGACUACGCCCCCGACGGGCUUCCGGGCUGCGGAACACGUCUAGCUCAAGAGCUUGUCAAGGACGGUGCCCUUGUGGAGAGUUUCUGGCGGAUUCAGACGCAGGAACAGGCGACGCAAUGGCGAACGCGUCUACAGGAAUCGAUCCAUAGCAUUACGAGACGUACAAACCUGCACUUCAACGAGGACCAGCCCAAAAUCAAGAAUUUUCCCGAUCUUCAAGCCCUGAAGAAUUGUCGUUCGCCAGUCGUAUCCGACUUGGCCACUCUCUCUAGACUCCCGUUCUUGCAGCGUGAGUGGUACGGCACCCACACAACAGAAAGCCUGGCAACCACGAUUCCUUGGAUGCAGCGAUACUACUACUCUAAAAUGAGCACUAUAUGGUGGGUCAGGCAAUUCACGCCUUUGGUGUUGAGCCAGAGGCUUCUCAGAGGCGAAGUUGGCACUCGGGACCUCGUCGCCAAGGUUGCGCAAAAGCGCAAGCAAGGCCCGACGAGCUCCGUCGAACUUGACCCUUGCAGAGUGUUUCCCGGUAUCGAGCGCGUCUUCAUCGAGUGCGAAGGCACCCUUCUCUUGAACAGAUGGCCCGGCGACUGUGAGCUUGCGGGGAGUCCGAUUGAGAACGGUAAAUUCGCCUUGCUCGACGCAAUUCUGGGUCUUGGUAUGUCAGAUACGGAAUGCCAAUCGUGGAGGAAGAAGAAAAGGUCGCCUAUGGCAGGCACCAUCCACCCGGCACAUUCACCAAAGGCACCCCCACCUUCUCGGAUGAGUCCUGGAAGCAGAUUUCCCUUCACGGGCAAUUUAUUUCCGGCGAAUGGCGAUAUCCUUGAAGACCCUCUGGUACGCUCGCAUGGAGCUCGGGGUAUCGGCAGCGGUGGUGGUACCGAAUGCAGUCCGCAAGACCUUUGUAAGCUUCAAGAAAAGAUCCUUGCAGACUGCCAGGCCAACAUUAGGCGGACUCCCGCAAAGGGGCCUCAAGACGAUAGUCGAGUCGGUCAAGACAAGUCUCCGCCUAAGAACAGACACCGUGAAUGGUUGGGCACGCCCUCGCUUGUUCACAAGCAAACCAAACCAGGAACUACAAGCCUUUCAGGCCGUCCCUCCCUAUCCGAGACUGCGAUGGGUGCAACGCCAGCGAAUCCUGCCGAUCUCAGAAAGAAACGGCUUGCAAAGUUCGAUGCUGGCCCAAGCAGCAAGGAAAGACCAGGAUGCACGGUAUCCCCAAGCUUUCGCCUCCAAUAUGGCAAUAUAUACAGUCUUGAUGAGGAUACUCCCGAGUACGAGUUGAGUUCUGCCAAAAGAAGAAGGCUGGAGGAGCCUAUGGCGAAGGAUGUACAGGCCGAAGCUCCAGGGGCAAGAGGGAGACGGAUGCUUCUUGAGAUGGAGCUGGAGUCCUCGCAGGAUUUCAUCCAGACUGCACCGACCAAAGCCAAAGGAGCUGGGCGAUGUCAGACUGCUAUCAGGGAGUCCGUGACAGGUGCCGCCGGUGCGCGGGUAGGUGGUGGCGAUACGGCUGACGAUCCAUUUGAGAUCUUGUAA